CAUUGUAAGGGCUGGUAGUUCUGUGUUUGUGUAUGUUUCGGUGAAAGGUGUCAGCAGCCCAAACAAUAUGGCGUCGAGUGAUACGAUGCCAAGCGAAUGACGAAUUUGAAAGGAUAUGGAAGGAAGCGGUCGUGGCCUAAUUGAGCCACUAUCUAGGAAUUUUCCCUGGAGGGACUAAUCAUGUCAGGGACCCGGAAGAUUCAUCACCGUGCUCACGCCAGUCCGGCACUUGAGGAAAAUGCAGUGCACACCAUCGUGAUAACGUUCUACGCCUGUAAUCCGGAGGCGCUCGCUUCGAAUCUCGGCGGGGUCACCGACUGUCGUGGCCAAGGCUUUUCAGGAUUUUUGUCAGUCCAGGAUGAAUCAGAAACUAGCACCACAUCAAACACAAAGCCACGUGGGGGAAAGCUGGCACGGCGGGCCCGCUCUUUCAAGGAGGAUUUCCUGGAGAUCUUGUCGCAGAUGCGGUCCCCGGGCAGUGGGUCCGGGCAGCGCUCUGGGUCCCCCCACUCCCCCAAGACCCGUACCGGCCACAAGGUUGCAAGCGUUGAUGCGGUCGAUGGCGCCACAGAAAAGAAUCCUCUGCGAGACCUGGAUCUACACGUGAAACAGGUGCAAUUUGCCCUGAAGCAUUUUCAUGAUGUGAUAACGAAGAAGAAGCUGGAAAUGCUGGCGGGUAACGGCACCAUAGUUCUGGAAACUGUGACGACAAUCCAUGGCGUGCUCAAAUCAUAUGUCCUCAACGAACACAGUUCCACGCUGGUUUCUGCAACGAACAAAGUGUACCAAAGCCUCGCAAAGCUUAUCAAGUUGUGUGAUGAUGUACUACUGCAGGGAGAGAAGGCCUUGGACAAGGAGAAUGUCACUGAGAUGAUCCAGCUGCUGGAGGAUGCUGUGCAGAAUCUUGUUUCAUUGGCUCAAGAUCAGAUUGCAAACCGUGAGAGUAGUUCCAAGGCACUGAGCAGUCACAAUCAUCAUAUGAUGAUAGUGGAUCAUACCUCCAGUUAUGCUGCUGAUAUUCCCCAGCGCAGCUCUCUCCCUGACAUUCCCCUUACUCCACGUGAACGGCAGAUCUUGGAGCAGACGUCUUCAUCUGUGUUGGACAGGCAUGGCUACAGUUCCCUGCCACAUUCGCAGAGCUCGGAGUCCAUACUCAAUGACACCAGUCCACCUCCCAAGCCUCCACUUCCAGGGAGGACUCAUCACAUGUCUGACAAUAGUGAUACACCCUGUGGGGAGCCGCCCCCACUACCUCCCAAGCGCCGUAACCGUUCACUGCACAACCACCAGUCAGAACUUGAUGCCUCAGUACAUGAGGAUAGUGCUGCCAGCAUGACAGACACACUCAACAGCAGCAGCAACACAAGUGGGGGCGGUCAUAUGUCAGGACUUGUGGCCAAUUUUGAUCGUGUCAGCCUGCGCAGUAAGUCUCCUGAGGACACCUCGUCAUUAUUGAGUGCGUCUGCUGGCAGCUUGGACUCAGUGUUGAAUCACUCACGUGAGGAGGAAGAGAUACAGGCGCUGAUGGACCCUGCAGAAGAUUCUGUGUUCCCCAGCGACAACAUCUUGACACACGGCCCUGCAAUGAUUCUGAACAGCGGCUCGUCAUGUUGCUGCUGGGACAGUUCCUCAAGCACAACAUCCACUGAGCAGAUGUCCAACACUGACAAAAAUCCUGCAUCUGCAUCUGUUCUCCUUUCUCAGCAUCCUGACAUGCAGCAGUUGGACUCAACCAGAAAGUCACCUCUGUUCAGCACGGAUCUGCCUCCUAUUGCCCCCGGCACAGUCCUAGGGUUUGACACAUCGCUUGGCACACUCUCGUCUUCACAUGCAGAAUCGGGAUUUGCGUCCAUGCAUUCUCUGCACAGCUCAAGCCACAGUUACACAUCAUCACAGCAGAUUAGUUCCCGCUCCUCACAGCAGAGUUCAGUGUCAUACAUGAGCACCGAAUCAACUAGCAACAAGAUCUGGCAGGUGCAGCGCACCACCACAGAGUCCAGUGUUGCCACGGCACAAAUGCAGAGGCUGGUCCCCUCCCUUCACCACACAGAACAGAAUGUUGAUAGUGAUGUGGCAAGGAGCAUUUCCCCAGAUGGAGACUCUCUGCCAAAUGUCCCACCUGCAUUGCCAGAAAAAACAAGGCCAAAACAGCGGAGAGACCGACAGUUGUCUACAUAUGACAAUGUUCCGUCAGAUGCAACAGACGAGUUCUGUCGGGUGCAUCGUGUUCAGAGUUGCAGCGUGCAUCAGUCACAGACCAUUCAGCAUGGCAGCUGCCAGAGUCCAGAUGGGAAACCACCGCCGCUACCGCUGAAGAAGAAACACAUGUUCCAGUCAGUGGCUUACUCUGUUAUGGCAUACAUGGAGAUGUUUGGCAACUGUUCACGUCCAAACACCAACGAGUUCCUGCGCCACUCAGUGCACACCUACAACUUGCUACAGGCUGAGUGGCAGCAGCAGGAGAUGUCACUCACAUCGACUCACUCAUGUUCCUUCUCCGUGGUCUCGUCUCACAGUUCUGGGGUGCUCUCCGGGAGUAUCGAUGUGUCAAGUUCCUCUCUGAAGGAGACACCUGGACACCCCCCUGCUCUGCCACCAAAACGUAGUCGCACAUCCAGCAUAAAGUCAACAGCUAGUCCUCCACCCACGUCACCUCCUGUAACCUCAAGAUCGCAGCAGGAGGGGCAGCCCUUCCCAACAGAUUUGGACAUCACUCAGACAAGUCAGGAGGAGACAAAGGGGCCAGCAGCAUGGAAGUUAGAACUACCUGCCUCAGUGGCCCUGGGGACCAAUAGUGUGCAAGCAAAACAUAGUGAAUCAGAGCUGACAGAUGAGAGCAGCCCCCUUGAACAACUGGACAUCACAAAAUAUCUAGUCAUCAAGAAGCCUGAUGAAGAGGGUCCUGAUGUUCGUGGUGGGCAUCCUGAUGCGCUUAUCAUACAUGCCACAAAGGCGAACAAGAAUGAGGAAAAUGAGACAGACUUCCUGUACCAAGAGGCAUUCCUGACAACGUACCGCACAUUCCUCUCUCCAUUGGAUUUGAUUCGGAAGCUGUGCCAUAGGCAUGAACGGUUCAGCUGCUCAUCAGACAUGGUGAAGCAACGGGCGGCCCGAGAAGCAUUCUCUCUUCUAGUCAGAGUAGUCAGUGAUCUCACGAUGUCUGACCUGGACAGCUUGCUGCUACAGUCGCUGAUGGACUUUGUGUACCAACUCCUUUGUAGUGGAGACCUGACGAUGGCCAAGGCUCUGCGUGUCAAGAUAAUAGAGAAGUGCAACGCAAAGCGCUUGUACAGUGCUUCCAGCAUGCUGCUGUCCUCUCUGAACAUCUACACUAGGCAAGCCUUGUUACUCGACUUCAAAUCUGAACAGAUAGCUGAACAGAUGACCCUGCUGGAUGCUGAACUCUUCAUGAAGAUUGAGAUUCCUGAGGUUCUGAUCUGGGCGCAGGAGCAGAAUGAGGAACGGAGCCCCAAUCUGACACGCUUCACUGAGCACUUCAACAAGAUGUCCUACUGGGCGAGGUCAAGAAUCCUGGAGCAGAACGAAGCUAAGGAUCGAGAGCGUUACGUAGUGAAGUUCAUCAAGAUCAUGAAGCACCUACGUAAGAUAAAUAAUUUUAACUCAUAUUUGGCAUUGCUGUCUGCACUCGAUUCAGCUCCAAUACGACGACUGGAGUGGCAGAAACAGAUCACAGAGGGCCUCAAGGAGUACUGCGCGCUCAUCGACAGCUCAUCCAGUUUUCGAGCAUACAGGCAGGCACUGGCUGAGACUCAGCCUCCCUGUAUACCUUAUAUAGGUCUGGUGCUGCAGGACCUUACAUUUGUUCACAUCGGAAACAGUGACCUGCUCCCAGAUGGCUCCAUCAACUUCUCAAAACGCUGGCAGCAGUUUAACAUUGUUGAGAACAUGAAGAGAUUCAAGAAGGGAACGUACGUGUUCAAGAAGCAUGAACGCAUUAUUGCCUUCUUCAACAACUUUGAUGAGUUCCUGUGUGAGGAGGCAAUGUGGCAGAUAUCUGAGUCAAUCAAACCCAGAGGUGGGAAGAAGGCACAGUAAACGUGGCAGUGAUAUGAUUGUUGUGGUGUGAAUGGGAGAAACACACGCAUGGAGAGGAGAUGGGGUCCUGGUGCCAUUCAGAAACACCACCUCAUGUAAAAUUAAGGUUGUCCCUGUCAUGGCAGGAAGCUGUAUGGGGAACUUGAGUUUUAACCUCAACAGUUGACGGAGGUGGGUGGUCACCUUCAGAUCCCAGCGAUUUAUUCCAUUGCUGCUGUGCAAGAAUUUCCAGGAAUAUUUUGUAAAAGAUUUAACAGCGCUUUGACAAGAGGUCUUGUGCCCAAGAUGGGAAGUUAAAAAUGUAUAGUUUGAAUAACUGUGCCAUCUCUUAUUAUGUGUAUAUAAGGUGUUACGGGAAGUGAGUUAAGUCACUAAAUGUCACUUUUCAGGAAAGGAAGGAACACAAUAAUGUACUUCAUUGUCACUGAAUGGAGAGUACUGUGCUUAGAGACAGAAUUUUGUGAUGCACUUAUCUCAUUUUGGCCAACUUUUUACUUCACUCUCAUUUCUGUAAGGCCAGAGCAAUAGGAGAGAAGCCUGUAAGGUUUGGUUGAACCGAAUCAUUGCAGACCUUCCCAGACAUGUUGGUUCACUGGAAAAGAAAUCGUUCCCAACAUUUAUGAUGAAUAUAGGUGUUUCAGUCAGUAUUCUUUUGUCUCAAAGUGUACAUGAUACCGUGCAGUUUACUUAAAGAAGGACCAGAAAAUACUCUUAAGAGUCACAUUGUUUUGGCAUGAUUCUGAACUUACUUCACUUUGUUAUACUGGAUGACUGCAUUAAUCUGCACAAUGAACAAGUGCAACGAACACCACGUCCAACUAGAUGUCACAUGCCAGUCUCUCAUGUAGGCCUAAUUUGUGAUGAACUUUAUUUUUGUUAGAUAUAUUUGUUUAAAUUUCAAUAUUUUAUAUCACAAUGUUUAUCAUGGAGUUGUAUUUGUCUGUUUCAUAUUCAUUUCAUUUUGAUCUGCAUGUGUAUGUGCCUGUGGGUUUGUAGAUGCUUCUUCAUGUUAAACAGUUGGGUUCAUGUGAGUGUGGCUCAAGGGAGCUGGAAGCAUAUCACUGAAACUGCUGAGGGACGCUUGUACAUUCCAGCCCUCAAUUAUACUGCAUGUUCCUUAAUGAAUAUUAAAUUAUUGGCAUUAAUAAUAGGCAACUUUUAACUGUGGCUUGAAAAUGUUGAUGUGUCCACACAAUUUUUUUACCUUUCUAAUUAGAGUUAAUAAUGCUGUGCACUGAAAUAGUUUGUCACUGGUCAUCUGUUGUCUCGUUUUUCUCUUAAGGUUUGUUUCAUGAAACUUUGGAUGCUGAUACUGUCAGGUUUGGAAUUUCAGUAUAUACUUCCCAAUGUUGUAUUUUAGCGUCCUGUUGCACUGAUUUUCAUCCAUGAUAUGUAUACAGUGGCCGUCUUAUACCGCACUC